AUGUAUGAGAAAGGUCCCAACUAUGGAGAUCAUCGAACAAGAGCCCGGGGAAGCUAUAAAUUUUAUCCCAUUGAAGAUAAUAUUCUCGUCUUUUCCGACUAUGCCGCUAGAGCUAAGGUGGGCAAAUUAGCGCGAUUGCCAACAUUGGCAGGGAUUACCGAGCGUGAAUAUACAGCCCUAGUACCGUUAAGUCAAACAGCAGUUGAUGAGAGAGUAAUCUACAUGCUUGGUCAAAUGAGUUUUAACUGUCCCCUCCGGGAAUCUGUGAGGAUUCGAGUGAAUCGGCAGGUGCCCACUUGGAGGUAUCUAUACCAUGGAUAUUUUACCAAUCUCAGCCCAACUCCAUGGCUUGGAGCAUAUCACGGGGCUGAGAUACCUUUGGUUUUUGGGAACUAUAACAUGUCUAUGAUUCCUUCGUCGGCCAGGGAAGUUGAAGUCAGCCAAACCAUGCAAGGGGCUUGGGUUGCAUUUGCCAAGGAUCCUCGUACGGGACUGAGCAAAUAUGGACGGCCAGAGUUCAGCUUUGAUGGUAGAUUGAUGUUCUCUUGUUUGCGAUUUGAAGCUGAUCAUGGGAUAGAGCCAACCUUGAUCAGCCUCGCUCUGGAUAACACUGUUCAGGCAGUAUUUACUGGGAGUUCCUGGGAUACCUCUUGUGAAGUCGCUCGAUCUGAGCUGUAA